CGCUGAAAUAUAUGGACCGACUGUGCUGCAUGUCGCAAUUUUCAGACUUGACAGUCGACUCGUGUCUUAUUUCUUGGAAGACAUCACUCCAAGCUUCGACUUCACCGGCGAGUUUCAUCGGGAUAAACUGCGAACAGACUGGAAAAAGAAGACAUUCAACUGCGAACAGACUGGAAAAAGAAGACAUUCUGCGUGUGUCCAAAAAGAGACGAUUCCGGUAGUCACUAUUGAAAGAAGCUGUCAGUUUUUUCAACGGAAAGGCUUAGACAAUGACAGACGCGGUCUGAUUUGUUCCGGGAAGUUUAUAGAAAGCCAAUUUCCUUCAAUUUCAAGAUUGCAAGAAAGUUAAACGAUAAUCCUCUGAGAUGGAUUCAAGCGAGAAGAAAGUGACCUUCCCACUGAUGCUGGCUGUUGGAGCUGCUGUGAUUGGCUCGCUGCAGUUCGGCUACAACACCGGUGUCAUCAAUGCACCACAGAAGACCAUCGAGCAGUUCCUGAACGAGACGUGGUUUGAGCGCUACCAGGAGCCCAUCUCCAAGACGUCCCUCACCACCCUGUGGUCUGUGUCCGUAGCCAUCUUCUCUGUCGGAGGAAUCUUUGGCUCCUUCUCUGUUGGACUGUUCGUUAACCGCUUCGGAAGGAAGAGGUCCAUGCUGAUGGCUAACUCGCUGGCCUUCAUCUCGGCAGCCCUCAUGGGUUUCUCCAAGCUGGGUGGCUCGUGGGAGAUGCUGAUCCUGGGCCGCUUUGUGGUGGGGCUGUACUCUGGCCUAUCCACAGGGUUCGUGCCCAUGUACGUGGGGGAGGUGGCUCCCACUGCCCUGAGGGGGGCCCUGGGCACCCUGCACCAGCUGGGCAUCGUGGUGGGGAUCCUCAUGGCACAGGUGUUUGGUAUGGAGGCUCUCCUGGGGAACGCGGCCCUGUGGCCCUUCCUGCUGGGCUUCACCUUCCUGCCUGCGGUGCUGCAGUGCAUCCUGCUGCCCUUCUGCCCAGAAAGCCCCCGCUACCUGCUCAUCAACAAGAACGAGGAGAGCAAGGCCAAGACCGCUCUGAAGAAGCUGAGAGGGACGUCUGAUGUUGGCGCGGCGAUGCAGGAGAUGAAGGAGGAGAGCCGUCAGAUGAUGAGGGAGAAGAAGGUGACCAUCCCAGAGCUGUUCCGCUCUCCUCUUUACCGCCAGCCCAUCCUCAUCGCCAUCAUGCUGCAGCUCUCCCAGCAACUGUCAGGCAUCAACGCUGUGUUUUAUUACUCCACCAGCAUCUUUGAGAAAGCGGGCGUGGCCCAGCCGGUCUACGCCACCAUCGGCGCCGGCGUGGUCAACACGGCCUUCACCGUGGUGUCGCUGUUUGUGGUGGAGCGGGCGGGGCGCAGGUCCCUCCACCUGCUGGGGCUGAUGGGGAUGGCCGGCUCUGCUGUCCUCAUGACCAUCGCUCUGGCUCUGCUGGACCAGCUGCCCUGGAUGUCGUACAUCAGCAUCGUGGCUAUCUUCGGCUUUGUGGCGUUCUUUGAGAUCGGCCCCGGGCCCAUCCCCUGGUUCAUCGUGGCUGAGCUGUUCUCCCAGGGGCCGCGGCCCUCGGCCUUCGCUGUGGCCGGCUUCUCCAACUGGACCGCCAACUUCAUAGUGGGCAUGUGCUUCCAGUAUGUGCUGGAUCUGUGUGGCCCCUACGUGUUCGUCAUCUUUACAGUGCUCCUGCUAUGCUUCUUCGUCUUCACCUACUUCAAGGUCCCGGAGACCAAGGGCCGCACCUUUGACCAGAUCUCCUCCGGCUUCCGCCAGUCGGCUGGCGGCAGGGAAAAACACUCCCCCGAUGAGCUCAACAGCCUUGGGGCCGACUCCCCGCUCUGAGCCUCCCCCCUCUGCUAUCUCCACCCAUCACUUCUCCCCCCAUCACCUCUCCCCCCAUCACCUUUCCCCCCAUCACCUCUCCCCCAUCACCUUCCCCCUCCGCCUCAAGGAGAGUCGGGGGAGGAGAGGCCCUCCUCUCUACUGACUGAUGUAACUACUGACACUUUUAUGUCCUCUACACCUGAUGCCCCCCAGCCCCCUCCCUCCUGACGCCCCCACAGCACAGAUGGCACUAGGACCUGGCAGACCAGGGGGAGUGGUGGUUCAUGGGGGAGGAGCCUAGGGCAGCUGGGGAAGACAUGGUUCUUUUUUAAAGAAAACAAGAUAUUAACCAAGGUUGAUUGUUUUUUGGGGGGUCAGCAACCAUUUUGUUUCAUGGAAAUGCUUGAUGUUCCUUCCCCCUCCCCCCUCCUGUGUUACUGUAUCUGUUUAGUCUGCAGCCUCUGCUGCCGAGAAUGAAGUUCAACAGGGUUCUCUGUGUCCUGCUCUGAGAGGAUCAAGACUGUCUCUCCUCAACACCAUCUCUGGGUGCCCUGAAUCAUGCCGUACACCGUGUCACGUGACGCUUGUGUCACGUGACGCUUGUGUCAUGUGACGGUCAGUUAAAGACAAAACACAACCUAGUUUACAGACGAGCUGAAACGGCAUCUCCAGGGUUCAGUGUAAUUACGUACCUCCUGAGGUAAACAUGAUCAAGUACUUCCUGAGGUAAACAUGAUCAAUUACCUCCUGAGGUAAACAUGAUCGAGUACUUCCUGAGGUAAACAUGAUCAAGUACUUCCUGAGGUAAACAUGAUCAAGUACUUCCUGAGGUAAACAUGAUCAAGAGAUGGCCAUAACAUUUGGAGGAAUUAGAUUUUAUAGUGGCGAACAUUCUAAGGUGUCACGCUGUUGUUGGCUAGCUAGCGAAAGAAUAGAUGUGUUCGACUUCAUGCAGCGUCGAGGCUAGGUCACUGUGACGUAUCCAUCAAAGUACCGUGAGAUCGAUUCGAGAACUGCCGGCUGUGUAGCCGAGCGCAUUUUCUCAAGAGCAACUGCACGGGCUCGCUAUUUCAUGAUUGGCCAGACUCACACACAACAAUUUUGACGCGUGUUUUGUAUUUAUUCUGACACCUUCAGUUUCGCCAAUGCUCAAAGCCUCCUCACUAACGGAAGCACUCAUCAUAUUUUGUUUUACAAAAAGAUUUAAUAUUGUCAGUUGUUGGAAAUGUUUUGGCAUAUUUUGUUAAAUAGGUGUACAUUAGUGCCAAGGAUGGGAUCUAAAAGAGAUUAAAAUACAUUUUAUAUUUCAGCUCAACAUUAACGUCAGACUGACAUGUAAAAUCCAAAUCAGAUUCACAAAGCCAGCGGUGUCCUUAAAGGGUUUCCUGACCAGUGAUCAACCAGGAAGCAGUAUGAGAUGUUACCAGGCAUGUGCUUCACGUGUCUCCUGUAUGAAGCUCACAUCACAUGUUAGUAAGAGGCCGUUAUCGUCCUGUGUCCGUCUCCCACGGUUACAGGUCGCAUCUUUCCAAACAGGGACCAAAACGUCUGUGUCUCUCUGCCUUAACAGAGCCUUCCUCUUGUUUUCUUCUUCCUGAAAGUGCUUCUUCCACCCUCUAGGGGGCAGCGUUUCUCUGCCCCCAGCCCCAGCCUGUGCUGCCUUGUGGGGUUUGUCCUGUAAAGGCCAGUUCACACCACUCCAUCAACGUCUAACAAACGCCAAACAUUCUACUGCUGGGUUUAGAAUGUUUGGAAACAUGACUGUAAUUUUCACACUGCCCUAACAAACACCAAUAGGGGUAUCACACCACACCAACACAACCCACACCUACUGGCUGUUGGUGUUUGUUUGUUAGUGUUUGUUUCAGCUGUGUGAACUGGCCUUAACACCCCAGAGCCUUCUUCAAAUUCUCGACAACAUUCUCUUUGUUGGAAGAUGUCACUUCUAGUCGCAGAGUUGCCUUACAUCAGUCACAGGUGUUUCUCAGUGACCUGGCCAGUCAGAGCUCUGAGGUGUCUCUCAGUGACCUGGACAGUCACUGUGUGGCUGUUCUGGUUGUCUUCACAGACAGUAAACACAACUGCUGCCUGCAUCAACUCUGUCCUCAUGCCCUAGUUACUGUCUGACUGCUCUGUCCUCAUGCCCUAGUUACUGUCUGACUGCUCUGUCCUCAUGCCCUAGUUACUGUCUGACUGCUCUGUCCUCAUGCCCUAGUUACUGUCUGACUGCUCUGUCCUCAUGCCCUAGUUACUGUCUGACUGCUCUGUCCUCAUGCCCUAGUUACUGUCUGACUGCUCUGUCCUCAUGCCCUAGUUACUGUCUGACUGCUCUGUCCUCAUGCCCUAGUUACUGUCUGACUGCUCUGUCCUCAUGCCCUAGUUACUGUCUGACUGCUCUGUCCUCAUGCCCUAGUUACUGUCUGACUGCUCUGUCCUCAUGCCCUAGUUACUGUCUGACUGCUCUGUCCUCACGCCCUAGUUACUGUCUGACUGCUCUGUCCUCAUGCCCUAGUUACUGUCUGACUGCUCUGUCCUCAUGCCCUAGUUACUGUCUGACUGCUCUGUCCUCAUGCCCUAGUUACUGUCUGACUGCUCUGUCCUCAUGGCCUGGACUGCUGUGUCUUCCGCUUUGACAAACUGCCCCUUCUUUGAGACUUUUUUUUUCUACUUGUUGGAAAAAAGAAUUUUGCUGCACUUUAUCCUCAACAAGGCUGGUUGUUCCAUCUCUGAAGAUCCUGUGGCAUGUGGACAGGGCCUUUGAGCUGUAUCAUCCAGCAGUUACAGAGACACUGAUGACGGCUACCGCAAUAACAUACCCUGUCUGACGCUGCUUGGCUUGUCUGGUGAAACACCCACAUGCACAGGCAGGAACACACCAGGGGGAACUGGAGGGUUAGGGUACACAGCCCAGUGCAAUCUAAACUUCCAUGACACAUUGUGUGUGAUGGCUCUGUUCACAUGCCUGUCCAUGAUUGUGUGUGUGCACAAGUGUGUAUGUGCAUGUUUUUCUGUGUGUGCGAGGGAUGUGUGUGUGACUGAUGUGUGUUCACACGGCUGUGUGUGUGACAACGAUAUGUUCACACUGGACUCUGGAUGGAAAGCACAGCAUCCUGGUGCCUUGUUCGUUCAGGAUGACCAGUGAGUUACUGUCCAACAUCCACAUGAGAAGAUGUGACUGUUAGAUGGACAGCUGGUUAAUGUUCUUUCAGACAGAGAUACGUGACAACAUGUCUGGUGUUGAUGUCAUCACACUCGUCACUGUUUAGAAAUCACUGUUCGCCUUUCAACACAAGAAAAUAUCAACGCACACCAUCACCUGAUCUACUGUUAAUAUUAGAAGAUAGCGGACCGAAAUGUAUAAACUACUUUGUAGAGAUGAAUAUUACUAGUAUUUUAUGUUCUAUGUCUAUUACGGAUAUAGUAAACCAGCCUACCUACUUUUUUCUCCGAUUUCUUUUGCUAUCUGGAGAUAUAUAUUGAAAAAGAAAUUUUUAAAACUAACACAAUCUUACUUCAGCGUGGCAUCGGACUGUUGAAGGAUAACUUUUGUAUUUAUUAGAAACUGUAAAUUAUUAGUUGUUUUUUUUUUUCCUCCAAAUUUAGUACAAGUGUACAUGGAACUCGUGUAAGCGCCUUUCCACCAGGGAGAGAAUUCAUCCGCGAGGUCUGAAAGUGCAGUUGUUUUGUUUCUAUGCUCAGACGUGUUUGAUCAGAUGUGUAAAUCAAUAAAACAAUUCAGGCACA